AUGACUAUCCUUGGAGUGGGAGUUGAUGUCCUUCAGUUGUCCAGAAUCACAUCACUGAUGAGCCGUCGGACUCCCGAACGCAUGGCCCUCCGCAUCCUCAAUUCACACGAGCUCAGGCUUUGGAGUGCACUCCCACCUGACGGUGCACAAAGGAUGCGCUAUAUUGCUGUCAGAUGGGCAAUCAAGGAGGCGGCAUACAAGGCGAUCUACCAUGUGGUCAAGCCGACAUGGAAAGAACUCUCGUAUAGGACGAUUGAGGGACAGGGAUCCAAACCCUUUCUCAUAUACGAACCUUUAGAUAUAACAGAAGCGGUCAAGUUAGGGCAACUGCAUGCGUCAGUGAGUCACGACGGGGACUAUGUUUUUGCGACGGUAAUUGCAGAAGCAAGGGAAGAUGCACUUUCGUAUGUAAGCAGAUAUCUCAACCUUCGACCAUUGCACGAGCGUGCCAGGUUGACACUGUCUUAG